UGUGUUUUCUCUGAUAUCCUUUAGAAUUUUGAUUGUUAUUGCUAAGUAACUUUUUUUUCUUCUUUUUAGACAAUUAUUUCUACCUUUUGGAACAAAAAUUGUAUGAUAUCAGUAUUAUAUAAAAAAAAAAUUUGAAGCAUCUGUUCGUCUAACGUUUUUGUGGACAGGCACCAGGAGAAGGAAAAGAAAGAGAGAGGGAAUUGAUGGUGGGGAGACAGAGGCAAAGUAUAAGAAAUACAAAAGAUGAUAAGGACAGGAUCAGUGAGUUACCUAUUCACGUUUUCCUCCGAAUAUUGGAAUUUAUGAACACUAGAGAUGCUGUUCGGCUUUGUGCUUUGUCUAAAAGUUGGAAGGAUUUUUGGAAACGUUUAACUACUCUCAGUUUUGAUUCCUGGGAGUCAAGUAUUGUCAAUUUCGAGAAGUUUGUGUCCGAGGUUCUGUCUGGUCGAGAUGGUUCCAUUCCUCUACUUAAUCUUGAGAUCAUUCUCCGCACCGACCUCGAACAACUAGAUGAUAUCCUGAAAUAUGCCGUGUCUCACAACAUCCAGCAACUGAAAAUCUUUCUUUUUGUGAACCAUAGAUUCCAUUUUGUGUUUCCCUCUUCUAUUUUUUCUUGUCAGACUUUGACAUUUCUUCGCCUUUCUCCAUCUUUUUGGGGUCCUAUUUGGGAACUUCGCAAACCUUUGCAGUUGCCAGCGUUAGAAAGUUUGCAUCUCGAGAAUGUUUGUUUUACUGCAAGUUGCGAUGACUGCGCUGAGCCCUUUUCGAGUUGCAUCUCUUUGAAGUCUUUGAUCCUUGGAGAUUGUUCUUUGCAUAAAAAUGCUCAAGUCCUUUGCAUUAAUAAUUCUAACCUGAAUCGUGUUUCCCUUUGCCUAUCGAGUGUUGAUGCUUACAAAAUUGUGUUUUCGACUCCAAAUCUUUGUUCUCUCACUAUCAAGAAUGUUGACUGCCAUCACCAACUUUUCUCCACUUGCAGUCUUUCAUUUCUUGAAGUUGAUGUUAACGCUUAUGUGGAUCCAUAUUCUCCAUUCUUUGUAAGCUUGCUGCAAGUGCUUGUUAAUAUCAAGAAAAUUACACUGUCCUGGAGCACCCUUAGGAUGAUGCAAGAGGUUCUACCUUAUUGGGAUUCAGUGGGAACUCGACCUCCUUGCUUUGCUAGAUUGGAAUCGUUGAAACUAAAAAUAGAUCCAAGCAGUAAAAUAUCUGAUGAAAAAGUAAAUUGGGUAGUGAAAUGUUUACUUCAGAACUCUCCUCUACUUAGAGUUGAUAUCAUAAAGUGCUGAAAGUUAUAUUCCAACUCUCCUCUAUCCUCUUUUUUAUAUAUGUUUCCUUUUUUCUCUAAUGCUGUAUGGUGUUAUAUUGUGG